GAAAUCAGACCCGAAAUUAGAACCGGGGGAAGCCCUUAGCCAGCUCGUGUGUCUUAGAUCGGAUGAACUAUAACACGAAAAAGAUAGAUUCUCUUACAGCUCGGCUCGUUUUAGGGUGCGGGGUUCCAUUGUCACUCGCAGGGCAUAUGUCAGAGAACAGUGGGUUGCCCGACCCCGGGCUGUCCUUCGGGCACGUGGCCACUGCCGAGGGGCGCGGCUUCAAAGCGGUCAGGUCCUAACUCCGAACAGGUGCUUGUUCCUCCAGGUCCCGCACAGGCGCGUCCGGAGCGGGCCCCGGGCAGUCGGUGUGCGCCAGUCUUCUUUAAGCGACACUUGCAAACUAUGUGAAGACCCACUUUAAGAAGGUUCAUUCCUCUGUGAUGGAGAAGUAUGAAAAAAUUGGGAAAAUUGGUGAAGGAUCCUACGGCGUUGUUUUCAAAUGCAGAAGCAGGGACACGGGCCAGGUUGUGGCCAUCAAGAGGUUUCUGGAAUCAGAAGAUGACCCGGUCAUCAAGAAAAUCGCCCUUCGCGAAAUCCGCAUGCUCAAGCAACUCAAGCAUCCCAACCUUGUGAACCUGAUCGAAGUCUUCCGGAGGAAGCGGAGGCUGCACCUGGUGUUUGAGUACUGCGACCGCACGGUUCUGCACGAGUUGGACAGAUACCAAAGAGGGGUACCAGAGCAUCUCGUGAAGAGCAUAACUUGGCAGACAUUGCAAGCUGUGAAUUUUUGCCAUAAACACAAUUGCAUACAUAGAGAUGUGAAACCAGAAAAUAUCCUCAUCACAAAACAUUCAGUGAUUAAGCUGUGUGACUUUGGAUUUGCUCGACUUUUGACUGGACCAAGUGACUACUACACAGACUACGUGGCUACCAGGUGGUACCGCUCCCCUGAGCUGUUGGUGGGGGACAUGCAGUACGGCCCCCCAGUAGAUGUUUGGGCAAUUGGCUGUGUCUUUGCUGAGCUGCUGUCAGGGGUGCCUCUGUGGCCAGGAAAAUCCGAUGUGGAUCAGCUCUAUCUGAUCAGGAAAACCUUGGGUAACCUCCUAUUUGAAUACAUGCUGCAAAUAAAACCUCCCUCUUCUUUUUUUUUUUUUUUUAAACAGGAACCACUUGAAUUAAAAUUUCCAAACAUCUCUUAUCCUGCCCUGGGGCUCUUGAAGGGCUGUCUUCACAUGGAUCCUGCUGAGAGACUGACGUGUGAACAGCUGUUGCAGCACCCAUAUUUUGACAGCAUCAGAGAAAUAAGAGAUUUGGCAAAAUAUCAUGACAAACCAACAAGGAAGACCCUGAGACAGAACCCAAAGCACCUGCCUGGGGUAAAAAUGGGGCACUGCUUUACGAAAGCAUCCAAGUUUCAGAACCUACCUCAGUUGACUGGCAGCAGCAUCCUUCCAGCUUUGGAUAAUAAGAAGUACUACUAUAAUACCAAGAAACUUAACUACCGUUUUCCAAACAUUUAAGGAGCUUGGAGAUGGAUGACAAAAAAGAACUGAUCAAUAACCCCCAAGAAAAUAAAACAUACAUUUGACUGAAGACCAUCACAAUGUUGAGAAAACAUAAGUAACUAACUGGUGGAAGCCACUUGGCAAGAUGUGAAGGGAAAUUCCAGAAGCAAUCUUCCAUGCUUGAUGAUGGUAUCCAGAAUAGAAAGGAAAAACUCGUUUGAUUUCCACUUGUGUUUUUGUUAUACCUAAGUAGCUGGACUUAUGGACAGACAUAUAAAUAGUAUCUACUGCCCAUUCCUCUGGCAAAACUAGUCACGUAAAAAAGAUUUAUGCUUCAGUUGUACAAUAUGCAACAAGUGAAAAAUAGAUUACAAAACACCCAAAUGUAUUUCCUUGGAUCCUAUCUCCUGCUUUUUCAGAUUGCUUCAACAUCAUAUUUAAAGAGUUUUUGUUCUUGAAAUCAAAAUAUUUAAAAUCCCAUUUCCUGCUUGCUCUAUCUCUUGGUUUUUAAAAAUUUAAACCAUUUUUUGGAAUAUUUAAGAGUUGUUCAAAAUAUUUAAUAUCAUGGAUUAUCACAAAAGACUAGCAUAUGCUUAUAUAUUUAGUGAUAUGUUUAUAGAUAUUUGCCCCAUGUACUUUUGUCUUUACCUUUAGUAAAGGAUUCAUCUUUGUCACUUUUUCAGGCAAGAUGGAUUUACUAUAUCCAUCUACAUUUGUUCACUCAAUUCCCCUUGCUAACAAUGGCAUGAAGAUUGGCAGCUGCCAAGGUGAUCAAGGAGUAGAACAAAACCUAUAGGCUUGGCAAGAACUACACCUGCCAGCCUAAAAGCAUUUAGAACUUCAUUCUCUCCAGCUCAGCUUCAGGCUUGGAGACAGAUCUGCAGGUAGGGCUAUAGGGAUCUGGGUUUUGGAAGAAAUUGCUUGUGAGCUUUUACUUGGGUCAUGAAAGACAUUAAGUUGUAAACCUAAUAUAUAUACACACAGGGUGGGG